AUGUAUAUCCAGGCAGUUAUAUUACUACAUGCAUCACUUAUACUCUGUAGAAAGAGAUACAGAGAUUCAUCAUCAGAGGAGAGCAUAGAAAAUGUCCUAUACUAUCAAGACUGCCAGCACAAAAAGGAUCCCCCGAAGCCCUUACAGCUCAGAGCGGUGGAACCAACCACGACCACGAAGAAGCCUCAAGAGUGCAAAAUGUGUUGUACCAUGUGCUGUGGGGAUGAGUGCACACAGACAAACUCUGGAAGAACCAUGUCAAUGAACCAACCGAGACAGCCGUUCCCAGUUCAGCAGCCAAGGAAAAUUGAACCUUCAAGACCGACGCGACCUCGUGCCCGCAACGCUCCGUUCUUCGCGAGACGCGAUCUAGGAUUCACAAAGGAUAAUAUAAAGAGCCUAAUAUCCCAGGAUAUGGAUAUACGGAAGAUAUUGAAGGACCUCGUACGGGUGACAAUGCAGAAGGUGGACUUGAUGCAGCUGAUGAACAGUAGGACGGAGAAACCAAGGGAUAGUGUAUUUGAAAAUGACUUGUGAAUGGUCAUGGUCGGAGACUAAUGUUGUUAGCUGUUAUUAAGAGCGACAGUCGCAUGGCUGGUCGAAUUAUCUUGUUAGACAUAUGCUAGACGAGGAAAUUUAUUCAUAAUAUGUUGGAUAUAGGAAUCGCCUACUUGGA